AUGGCAGCCGGUCAGCCCGAGUCAGCGGUCGAAGCAACACUAGACGAAUCCAUAGGCUCACCCUCAAGCAGUUCUCCGCCGUUCACGUCGAGCAGCCCACUGGACGCCCUGCUCGAAGCAAGAACAAUCGAAGCGACGGGAGAUAUCCACAGCGAGAGGACAAGAUUAGACUUGCUCGUGCCGCCUACCAAUGCCAUCUUACCGCUCGACGCUUCUCACGUCGAAGUGUCUGAUGCUGCGAGGAGCCCAGAAGAAGCGAAGCGCGAGUCGUCCUCGUCGAGUCUGCAAAACUCGGCUUUGCCUGCGAUUGCUGGUAAGCUACAUCCUGCCGACAGACAAGACAGGACCUCUGCAAGUUCUUCAAAGGAGAUCCUCGCUCUUCCUCUCACGAACUCCUUCUCUACGGGUACUCAAACGCCUGUGAACGAUGUCACGCCUAGGCCAGGAUCUUCAUCAACUUCGACCCAUUCUAGGCGGUCCUCACAGACCGCAGCCUCUGUAGAACCCGCCGAGCAAGCCGGCACUGGUCUUGGCGCACCGCGGUCAACCUCACCCGAUGCGAAUAGGGAUAGUUCGACACAGACAGAUCGUCAGAGAUCGAGCACGCUCACUUCCAUGACGGUUAGCGAGAACACGGCACACGAGUCUGUCUACUCUUCCAAACCCAACUCGCGCCCUCAUUCCAUCUUGGCCUCUUCCAUCGAUCACUCCAACCUCAACGCCCCGCGAGCGACCCUUGACCCGGCAGAAAGAAAAACAAGCGCGUCGGGUACAACAGGAUCAAGAAGAGCUUCGACGGGCUCACCACCGCAAGCAACAAAGCCGCAUGCAAAUGCCAGAACGGCGCCAGAGGACAAUGGAAGGGCGAGGGCGCCUUCUGGCUCUCGAUCAACGGCUUCAGAUACGCUCGUGCCUGGUCCUUCGUCCAGUGCCAGCUCGAGCAGGCGGCAAUUAGGCGAAUGGGUUCUCGGAAAGACCUUGGGUGCAGGCAGUAUGGGCAAAGUGAAACUAGGACAGAGUGUCAAAGGAGGCGACAAAGUAGCCAUCAAGAUCAUUCCCCGCUUCACAUCUACUGCAGCAGCACAGCAACAGGUAGCACAGUCUGAACGAGAGAAACGACGAUCUAUAGAUCAGACACACGCCGACAAUGGUACAACGUCUCGCUCGGGAGAGGUGGCAAGCAGUAAACCCAAAGCCGUCUUGCCGCCCUCGAAAUCUUUCUUGGAAAGAGCACACGCAAAGGAUCUGUCAAAGGAAGUCAGAACGAUCAGGGAGGCUUCAAUCGUCUUGCUACUACAUCAUCCUUAUGUUUGUGGGAUGAAACAAAUGCUCGUCUAUCCGAAUCACUAUUACAUGAUCUUCGAAUACGUCAACGGCGGCCAGAUGCUCGAUUAUAUCAUCUCUCACGGACGACUGAGAGAGCGAAGUGCUCGGAAGUUCGCGAGGCAGAUGGGUAGCGCGUUAGAGUAUUGCCACGCUAACAGCAUCGUACAUCGAGAUCUGAAAAUCGAGAAUAUUCUCAUCUCAAAGACAGGCAAUAUCAAAAUCAUCGAUUUCGGUCUAUCCAAUCUUUUUUCGCCCCAUUCUCACCUCUCUACCUUUUGCGGCUCGCUCUACUUUGCAGCACCAGAACUGCUGAAUGCCAAAGUAUAUACCGGCCCCGAAGUUGACAUUUGGUCUUUUGGCAUCGUACUCUACGUUCUCGUGUGCGGAAAGGUACCCUUCGAUGAUCAAAGUAUGCCCGCACUGCAUGCAAAGAUCAAACGCGGUCAAGUCGAAUAUCCCAAUUGGCUCAGUGCAGAAUGCAAGCAUCUGCUAUCACGCAUGCUUGUGACCAAUCCCGCCAAUCGAGCCUCCAUGGCCGAGGUGCUUUCGCAUCCCUGGAUAGUGAAGGGAUAUGAAUCCCCGCCUGUGCCUCAUAUUCCUCACCGAGAGCCUCUACGGCUAGGCGAGCUCAACAGGGAAGUCAUACAGGGUAUGACAGGCUUCGACUUUGGGACGCCAGAUGAGAUCGAGGCACGUCUUGGCGACGUGCUCACCGGUGAAGCAUAUACAGCUGUCUUGGCAAGUCACGAUGCCAAAGCAGGACGAACGACCUCUGUUCGACCUGACCGAGACCUAUCGAAGCCCUCAAAAGGUAGCACGAAACGUCUGUCAGGUCUAAAUUUCUAUAGCAAGAAGCUCGCCGGCGGUUUAGCUUCUGCGCUGGGUGGGAGUCCUACGAGCAAAGAUCGUCUAGAAACACAAGAUCGCACAAACGGCUCUGGCUCCUUCACGUUACCCAAUGGCAUGCGACCAGAUCAGAUGGAUCCGACGCGAGGAUUCCAUCCCCUCAUCUCGAUUUAUUUCCUCGUGCAAGAAAAGAUCGAGCGGGAGAAGAUCUGGGGUCCCGGCGUGUUUGCAUCGUCUACCUUAUCCCUACAUGGUCCACUAGCGCCGCCUGCACCGCCGAGGAGCUAUGACAGCACAGCCGUCUCACCAAGCGCGUUUGGUACAGCUCAGGGAGUCGACCUUAGCUCACCCUCACCACGACCGGCUAGCACUGCCAUCUCGAGCAGCGUAAUGUCGCCCUCCAAUUCGACACCAGCUCCCAAUGCACCCAUUCGCGCACGUCCUCAAAGCACAUCUGCAUAUGAUCGCACAAAACCCUUGGCCGACUUCGACAAUAGGCGCAGCUUCUCUGCGGGGCAACAGAACGCUGUUUCGGCAUCUGUACCUAAUUCGCCACGACCGGGCUACAUUGCGAAGCCAAGGCCUGUCGAAACUUCGUCAGUAGCUCAGGAUGGGGCAAUCCCAGCCUCGCCAAACGGUGAACCGACACGAGAUGACGAUGUUGCCUUACAGCCUUCGACGCUCGUUCGUCGCUUCGGAACGCUGCUAGGUCGGGCUACUUCGACGAACGACACUGAUCUGCAGAAACGAGCACGCGCCCGAGCAAGCGCGGCAGGAAGCUCCGGUCAUCGCUCGAGCGGCUUGACGCCCGCCUCGCCCUUGCCACUAGUCAACGAACCCAAUCUGAACGUUACACCGCCGCCAAACUCCAAAGCGACUGGCAUGCUUCGGGCUAGUACCGUCAGUGGCGAUCGCAGACGACCUAGGGUGGCGAGGCAAAGCGUCGGGCCAGAAGUCUCGCCAUCUGCUUUGCAGACCGACACACUAUUUGAGGAUCACGAGGAGCGACUGCAAGACGGAUUUUCGACUGAGCCAGGCCCGGGUCUGGAUCGUCAUGCAGCGAAUGGUACAGCAGCAGACUUAUCAGCUUCACCGAAUGAUCAGAUCAAGCCAGUUUAUCUCAAAGGUCUCUUCUCCGUCGCGACUACCUCGACAAAGUCGCCGAGCGUCAUUCGCGAUGAUCUUGUGCAUGUCCUCGACAGACUGGGCGUAAAGCAUCGCGCAGUCAAAGCUGGGUUCGAAUGCGCCCAUGCCCCAAGCAUCAGCUUUGCAUCGCAGGCACCUACCAAUCGUGCCGCAACGCCGAAUCAAACGCCCGAAGGACUCAAACGCGGCACGAGCUUGCUACGAAGAGGCUCACGCAUCUCACGAGGCCGAACUUCGACGUCUGCACGUGAGGAAGGCGACACGAGUUCCCCAGAUCCGAGCCAAGCGGCAACACGACUCGCUUCGCCAGCCAGACCCAAUGAGAGCUCCUCUGGAUCACUUCAUUUCAUCGGACCCACGAAUGGAGCCGGCGAGCGAUCUGGCAAUCUGGUGGACAGCACGGGUGCACCCAGCGCAGGUGCAGCACCUCAAAACGAGAUGAUCGUUCGAUUCGAUGUCUUUGUCGUCAAAGUACCUUGGCUGCCUGGCAUUCACGGUCUCCAAUUCCGUCGUAUAACCGGCGAUCCAUGGCAAUAUUCUCAGCUAGGUCAGUCAGGCACUGAAUACAGCAAGCACUAA